AUGAUAUCUCAGAUCCACAAAUGUCCGGCGGAUCCGGUGGAUCUGGAGGGUCUGGAAGAGUCACCGACGGAGAUAGGUGAGAAGGUGGAGAUGAGACCAUCUUCGGAUCUAGGAGGUCCGUCGGUAAAAGAUCUUCAUGGCGGCGAUAACGCACGCACGAAAUCAUGGGUAAGUGAGAGAUCAUGUCAGCCUUGGGAGAAUCACCUCACCGAGAGGAGCAGAUCGAUGAAAACAGAGAGAUCUCGUCGAGAGAAGGAACCGACGGGGGAGAAGAAUCCGGAUUCCGGCCAGCCUCUGCGGCGACCAGGCGGAACAGCGGCUUCUGGGGAGCUAGACGCACGGACGUCCAGAGAAGAGGCAAGGUCGGAGACUCAUCUGAAAGUUGAGUUGAGUCGUCGCUGCGGCUGCCUCGGUUAG